AUGGCCGCCGCCACCGCUGCUGCCACUAGUGAGGACAGGGUAGCACAUGCACAUUGGUACAUGAGCCUUGACAUCCCUGAGCUCCAGGCGCAACAGGGAUGGGUGCACACACUCCACACACCUCACGGUGUGCUCCACACGGCGCACUUUGCACAGCUACCGCUGGUGUGCGGUGGCCGGCAGCAUGCACACGAGCAUCUCCGCUACUUCACAGCCAACUCAGGCUUUGACACGAGCCAACACUUUGAGCCCCCCAUCAGCAAACUGAGCCAUCUGACCAUCAUGUUCAGGGACCACAUGGCCCACCCACUGCAUGAGAUGGGAGACCACACGCUGAGGCUCGAGAUCAUCACUGCACGAGAUGUUGUUCCGGCGCCGCUGCUGCCACAGCAGGUCACAGGCAUGAACCGCCAGAAAUUUAAGACGGGCUUCAGAGGCCACUGCGCGGGCCAGCAAUGUUUUACUGCACCCGGGGGACCCGUACAGCAGCAUGCUGCGGGGGGCCUGCACACCAAUUCAUUGUUACCGACGCCCCUGCCGCCAGUGCUCAUGCACACACUGUCAGCGCCCCAGAAGGACUUCCUGGGCAUCGACUUCACGCCGCCCAGCAUGUUCACCAUCCGUGAGCAUGCCGCAUCCAACCGGCUCGUCUUCAAGUGUGAUAGGCUCCUCGUGGGGACGGCAUACAAGGUGCACCUACUCACGCUGAUGCUCUCAUCCUACAACCUGGGCCUCACUGCACCCAUCAUGGACAUCGCGACCAACAUCUUGCUCAAAUCCUGCAAGAGUGGUGGCAGGUCGGCCGACGCCAUCACCCCAGCACUGCAUGAGCAGCAUGGGGCUGCCUGGGGCAGCGCACGCCCCCAGGACCUCAAGCAGGCGACACGCGUGGCGCUCUACACGUGGCAGUACGUGUUUGCAGCCGGCGGGCAGGACAGCGUGAGAUGCCCCAUGGCUGGUGUCACAGUCAGCGAGGUGGCGGCGGUGGUAGCUGUGCUGGCCUGGGACACGACCACGCCCAUCAGCAUCUUCAACGCGCCUCUCAUCACGAUCAACAUGUGGAACUACUAG